AUGGCCAAAGUAAAACUGAAGUUUAACAAGUCUAUCAUAUCGACGGCCGAAAGCUUGGUUCCAACAGAUGAGAUCUUGAGUCGACUCGUUUCCCUUCACGAAGAACUUUCCACUCUGGAACAAGGUCAAGUCGAUUUAAGGACACUAGACAGGUAUCGCACUGACCUGAAUAACAAAAAAUUGCUCAAACACAAGGACAACGGUGUUAGAGCCUUUGUGGCGUGCUGUUUGAGCGACAUAUUAAGGCUUUAUGCACCUGACGCGCCUUAUACUGAGACCCAGUUGACAGAUAUAUUCAGACUGAUACUUUCCCAAUUCGAUCUCCUUGGCAAUCCUGAUAAUGGUUACUUCAUCCAGCAAACUUACCUGAUAACCAGAAUGCUCGAAUACAGGUCGAUAGUCCUUCUAACAGACUUACCCAAUUCUAAUAAACUGCUGGAAGAUCUUUUCCAGGUUUUCUACGAUGACGAUAAAAAAUUUCCGUUCAAACUAUACAAGGUUAUUGCAGGUAUACUUGGUGAGGUAAUAUCUGAGUUUGAUAAUGUACCAACCCCAGUGUUGAAGUUGAUCUUCAAUAAAUUCUUGACUUACAAUCCGGGAAACGUUCCACAAGGUUUGGAGAUUGCGUCAAACUGUGGUUAUCAGGUAAGUCUCAUCCUUUGCGAUGCGUAUUCAAGCAGAAUGAGCAGACAUCUUACCAAAUACUAUUCUGAGAUACUAUACCACAUCACCAGCGAGGAGCAUAGUAAUGCCUACGAAUCCAAAUACAGCGCCAGUCGAACUGUUGAAAAACUACACAAACUAGAUGUCCGUUUAUGGGAGACUGUCCCAGAUCUAUUAUCGGCGGUGAUAGGCUUUAUCUAUCAUGAACUGCUGUCCGAUGACGAGAUGUUAAGGAAGCAGGCCACGAAGCUCGUGGGCGAGCUACUGGCCGCAGAAUCAACUCUAAAUUUCGUAGUUACUCACCAAGAAUCCUUCAAUGCCUGGCUUUCUAAGAUAGCAGAUCCCGUGGCGGAAGUGAGAUUACUAUGGACACAAUCUAUACCGACAAUAUUGUCAAUGCGGGACGAUAUAGCACAAGAGCUGAACAAAGGUAUAGCUAAGACGCUAAUCGACUCUGACUAUAAAGUGAGAAAAGCCUCCGUGUUGAUCUUUGACAAACUUUCCGUUGCUGAUAUUUGGAAAAGUAUAACUAAUACCUCCGUGUAUGAAUGUUUGCUGCCUUUGACUAGAGAGAAAAAUAGAGAAGUGAGAGAGCUUUGCAUAUCAACUGUGGCGGAUUUCUUUGCCGAGUCCUUAGCGAAUAUCAAGAGAACAACUCAGAACUCCGGUAUUUGGGAGAUAGUCGAUACCAUCCCGUCAGUUCUGUUUGAUUUGUAUUACAUCAAUGAUUUACACAUCAAUGAACAAGUCGACUUGACGAUUUUCAAAUCAAUCCUUCCUCUAGAGGUUGACGAUCGCAAGAGAGUUGAUAGCUUGCUCAACGUGGUAUCGCAGCUCGACGAAAAGGCUCUUUCAUCGUUUCUUGCCUUCAAUCGACGUCAAAUGCAGAUGGCAGUCGCACUUUCAAAGUUCAUUGAGUUUUGUGAAUUGCAAAAUGAUCAAGACAACUUUCCAAACGAUUCAGUAGCAAUUAAGCUUCAAAAGACCAUUGCAUGGUUGAGUUCUGGUCUCUCUGAUCAAAUCAAGGCUACUGCAGCGUUAGAAGCGUUGAAGGAUAUUAACGACAAGAGGAUACUCUACCUUAUCAAAACGUGUAUCACAAACGAUGUUUCUCUCAUGACAUUGAAGAACAGUAUGGAAGAGGUAAUAACAAAACUACGUGAUCCGGCCCUUUUCAGGAAGCAUGGCGUCAAAUCUAUUUCUAAUAUCAUGCCAAAGGAUAUAGCCGCCCAAGUUGAAGUAUUACUGUACAGGUCAUCGCCAUUCAUUUACAAUUUCUCCAAUAUUCCUGUUCUUUUGGAUACCGGAAAUACCUCACAAGAUGGAACAACAUGGAAGCGCAGGCUGUUGGAUGAGAUUUCCAAGGUAAACCCUGCAUUAUUCAAGGAUCAUGUCAGAACUUUGAAAAGAAUUAUUGAGGAUGAGAGCUGCCUUGAAUCUCAACGCGAAACCUUGACGUUAGGUGAAGCUUUGAAAACUGUCUAUAAGAUAUCCAAGACUUUGACAGAUCAAGUGAAUCUAGAAGACAGUAUUUUUUUCUCGAAGCUAAAGAACCUUGCCUUGGAAGGUGAUCCGGCCACUGCAAAAUACGCCGUCAAGCUGAUAGCACUCUCGCCAUUCGCAGAAGAAAGCCUUACGGAAAUCAAAAAUGGUGUGUUACCACUAGACAUGAAGCACGAUAGAAACUUUGCAUCUCAUAUACUAGUACUGGCCGAAAUAUACAAGUAUUGUCCGCACGUCCUUGAUAGAGAUUCCACUGAUAUCGUAAGCUUCCUAAUUCAGGAAGUGUUGCUAGCGAACCAAGUUGUUGGAGAUUCAAAUCAGGAGCUCGAUUGGAUUCCUGACUCUGAAUUGAAUGAUAGGAAAUAUUACGCGCUCAGCUCCAAAGUUUUUGCAUUGAAACUCUUUACUAACAAGUUGAAGGCCGUAUCGGCAGAUUCUUCAAAUGACGAGCUGGCCACUGUUUUCACCGAAAAACAAGUCAAACUGUUCUUUUAUCUGAUUGCCAGUGGUGGUGAGCUAAUUUCUGAGCAUAACAAAGAAUUCUUUCCGACGCCGAAUAGUUAUCAAACAAAACUGCGAUGCUGCGCUGGUCUUCAAGCACUCAAACUCUCCUGCAUACCCUUUUUCAAUGAUUUCAUCAAGCCCUCUGACGUUAUAACCCUGAUAAAUAUAGUUGAGGAUGAAUCGCUACCAGUCAGAAAAGAGUUUCUCGAUCACCUGAAAAACUACAUCUCUAAGGAGUCCAUUUCCAUAAAGUUUCUGCCUCUCAUUUUCUUUACAGCUUACGAGCCUGAUGUCGAGCUGAAAACUAGUACAAAGACUUGGAUCAACAACACUUUUGGUAAAACAUCUUUCAGGAAAAACACAACGUUUGAGAGAGCACUUCCCAGAUUAAUACAUGCUAUUGCUCAUCAUCCUGACAUUGUCGAGCGACUAGAAGUGGAAGGAGAUCCCUAUCUGGAAGCAUUAACAACAGCUGUCGACUACCUCGUAUUCUACUUCGAUUCCAUUGCCAUCCAGGAAAACUUCAGCUUGCUCUAUUAUUUAGCAGAAAGAGUGAAAAACUAUCGUGACUUAACUAUUGAUGUGAACGAUAAUAAUGACGAUCAGCAAUCAGAGACAGAACCUUGCGCCAGAAUGUAUGUCAUAGGAGAGUUGGCGCAGAUGAUUCUUCUUGCCAUUAAAGAGAAGAAGGGUUGGCAACAUUCGGCUUAUCCAGGAAAGCUCAACUUGCCUGCUGACUUGUUUACACCAUUCAGUACAAUUGAAGAAGCACAGGCCUCGUUCAAAAGCUAUUUACCAGAGAAAUACACCGAGAAGUUGCAAAUGAACAUCAGGGCCAAAGUGGCUCGUAAUUUACACUCUUCACAGACGCAAAAGCAGAAAAUACAGAAGAGAAUGUUAGAUAACGAGAAUCAUGAAGUGUCGAACAAGAAACGUAAACAAACGAAGAAAGCUGAACCUGAAACUAGUGAUGAUGACUCUGAGAGUGACAAUGCAUACGUUCCAGGAACAAAAACUAGAACAGGAAGAUCUGAUCGGUCCAAGUUAAAGAAAAGUUUGAGGGAGAGAAAGAAGGUGGAUUAUAGGGACGAGGACGAUGACGACGAUGACGAUGAUGAAUGA